GAAAGUAGUCUGGAUUUGCCCCUGAUCUACACGCCACCACUUUAGGGAAUGUUUGGGGGAAGUUUCGUGGAAGAACGCGAGGACAAGCCGCGCAUGCGCAGUGCUGAGCGAGUCUGAUAGGAAGUCGUGUUUUUGAGCACCUGAUUCAACACUGACGAAUGUAACGAAGCUUAGCCGAGACCACUCAGCCUUUACCAUGAUCUCAGCAAAUGACCUGGAACAACUGGCCGAGAUUGAGCUGCAGAAGGAAGAGGAAGAUCAGGGGCAAUUGUGCCCUUUAGCGCCGCCUAGUGGCAAUGCUUGUCAAGACACAUCGCAUCCCUAUUACGACGUAGCGAGGCACGGCAUCCUCCAAGUUACAGGUGAUGACAAUUAUGGCAGAAAGCUGAUCAUUUUUAGCAGUUGCUGCAUGCCCCCAUCACAUCAGCUCAAUCACCAUCGUCUGCUGGAGUAUAUCAAGUAUACUUUGGACCAGUAUGUUGAGAGCGACUACACGGUAGUGUACUUUCAUUACGGCUUGCGCAGCAUCAACAAACCCUCGUUGAGCUGGCUUCGAAAUGCCUACCGGGAAUUCGACAGAAAGUAUAAGAAGAAUCUUAAAACCCUCUAUGUUGUCCACCCCACAAACUUUAUCCGUAUUCUAUGGAAUGUAUUCAAACCUCUUAUAAGCCACAAGUUUGGUAAGAAGCUAACGUAUGUGAACUAUCUGGCAGAGCUAAGAGAACACGUCAACUACGAGCAGCUCAUCAUCCCACAAGCCGUAUUAAGGCAUGACGAAGAGCUCCGAGCCGCUCAGAAAGGAGAAUCAGCUCUUCCAGCGAAGGCUCCACCACCCAGACCUCCUCUGCCCACCCAGCAAUUUGGUGUGAGCUUACAAUACAUUCGAGAGAGAAACAAUGGUGUAUUGAUUCCUCCUGUGAUGUCUCAAACUGUGUCCUACCUCAAACAGAAAGGGCUGAAAACAGAAGGGAUCUUCCGAAGGUCAGUUAGAGUACAGCUCAUCAAGGACAUCCAGAAACUCUAUAACCAGGGCAAGCCGGUUAACUUUGAGCAGUACUCUGAUGUUCAUGUUCCUGCUGUGAUUUUGAAGACGUUUUUGCGUGAGCUCCCGGAGCCUCUCCUCACCUUCACAUUAUAUAACCAGAUACAGGAUCUUACCAAGUUGGAGAGCAGCUUACGAGUUUCAAGGUGCAAAAGGAUUGUGGAGUCGCUUCCAGAGUACAAUUUCAUCGUGGUCAAGUACCUCAUCUGUUUCCUGAAUAUGGUGUCUCAGGAAAGCAUCUUCAAUAAGAUGAGCUCCUCUAACCUGGCGUGUGUGUUCGGGGUGAACCUGGUGUGGCCUCGUCAUGGCGGCGUGUCUCUGAGUGCCAUCACACCGCUCAACAUAUUCACAGAGCUACUCAUCGAGCACUACAAUGCCAUCUUUAGCUCCUACUGCCCUCCACAGCAGGUACUGCCCUGACUGCUCCACACACUUCCACUACAGCUCACAGCAGGAAGCCUAACACCUGGCCUUGUUAUUAUUGCUUGUGCCACUGAUAUGAUGUACCGACUCUCAGUGACCUGUGGAGCAAAACGUUUACGCUCUUGUACUGCAGACCAAAACACUAAGACUGUAUAGUACUUCAACACUAAACCACAUAGAAGGUCUUUUGUUAUGCUGAAUGUAUUUACUUAUAGGUCAGGUUCAGAAAAUGCACUGUACACUCCUACCACUGAUCUCUUAGGAUUUAUUAAGGGUGAGACACGUUCUCCUACAGGGACAGCAAGCAGUAUGUUAAUGCUACAUUAACAUCUCUGUGCUUCUAAAUAGCAUUAAUCAUGCAGUUGCCGAUGUGUGGCUUAAAAUGUGUCUUUUACCAUGCACACACAUCUUUUAGCUAAGAACACAAGGCACACCCACACUGACUGUGUAAACACACAAAUCAAAGCAAAUUUCCCCUAAAUUACAACUGCACUCACGAUUACCAUGGCAACCAUUCGCUGCAGGCAGCAGAGAUCACCUUGAAGGCAUGAAUUGCAGCAGCAUUGAGAUGUUAUGAAAUGACAAUGUUCCAUUUUUAUGCUUCACUGCUCUUUUUUAUUAAAUAUUUACAUUCCACUAAUGAGUUAUGUCGACCUAAUGCGUGUGACCUGAUGCCAGAUAAUCACAAGCUCAGAACUAAUCUAUAUUUUUUUUAUUUCUCACCUUUCAAUAUUUAGUUCAUUUUACCAACACACAAAAAGUGAAGUGAUGUGUAUCUGUGUGUAUUGAGGUCAUAGAUUCUUUAUAAUCUCCUGGAUCCACACAGGCUCUUAUCGGUUAUGAUACUUGAUAAGAAAAAGCACCAAGACAUUUUUAAAAGAUUAUUUUCCUGUAGGGUUUGUUAUAAAUGAAAUUAGCAAUAGAGUUGCUAAUCUAAUUCAAAUGUAGCUUUAUCUGUAUAUAUGUGUGUCUGGUUUUAUACAACAGUAAUAUAGCUGUACUAUUCUCUGGACUGUCAAUGUUUCUGAUCAUAUGGAUUCAAGAAAAUGAGGAAUAUUUAAUAAAGCUUUUCACAACACACUUCGCAUCAUUGUUAUAUAAACGCUGAAGGUUUUGUAGUUCCUGAACCUAAUGAAUAAGGCAAGAGUACAUUAGAUACAUGCAUUUAUAAAUGUAAUUACAGUGUAAUAAAUGCUUUGUACACACACACACACACAACAUGCACCACACUUAACAAUACUCCAAUUUUCCAUGUUUAUUAUUGAUUCAGAUUUCAAUAAGAACUUGGUACAAAAAAGUGUGACUACUCUUUACCAUUUACCAACUUCCAUCGAUCAACUUUGAAUGCAUCAUAAAGAAGAAAAAACUACAUUGGCAUAUGUAAGACAAACACUUUCCUAUACAUACUAUCCACUGGACAGUCCCCUUCCAUAAUGACAAAGAAAAAAAAAAACAAAA